UUGUACCACCGCGUCGUCCACCGCUCCUGACCACUCCCUGUCCGCGCGGACAGAACACAGCAACCUUCAUCUGCCUCAGACGUAGUCCAAGAUGUCAGGAGCGCUCAGACUGGCCCACCCACUUCGGACCGCCGCCGCACGGCCUGCCAGUGCUCGCUUUCCGUGUCCACGCCGUCCAGUCAAGCCCGCAUGCUCCAGGCACUACUCUUUACCUCCGCAUACAUCAGGGAGGGAUAGGGCUGCAGUGGGGGUCUUUACACCCAAAGCUGCAGCACUCUUUGUAGCGACCGGCGUCGGCCUGUUCCUCUACUUCAGAUACGAGAAGCAGACGUUGCAGGAGCGAAAGCAAAAGGAGCAGGAAGACAGCCAGGUCGGCAGACCGCACGUCGGCGGGUCCUUCAGCCUCACGACACACGAGGGCAAGCCCUUCACCGAGAAGGACCUGGUUGGAAAAUGGAGUCUCAUUUACUUUGGCUUCACAAACUGCCCGGACAUCUGCCCGGAGGAGCUUGACAAAAUGAGUGCGGCGGUGAACGAGCUCGACAAGCAAUACGGGCCGGUCGUGCAGCCCAUCUUCAUCUCCGUCGACCCCGCGCGGGACAGCACCCCGCAGGUCGCGCGCUACGUCUCCGAGUUCCACCCGCGGUUGGUCGGGCUGACGGGCGACUACGGGGCGACGAAGGCGAUGUGCAAGGCGUACCGCGUGUACUUCUCGACGCCGCCGGACGCGCGGGCGGACGACGACUACCUCGUGGACCACUCCAUAUUUUUCUACUUCAUGGACCCCGACGGGAAGUUUGUGGACGCGUUCGGGAAGGUGAGCUCGGUGCAGGACGUCGUCGCGCGGGUGCAAAAGGAGAUUGGGGAGUGGAAGGAGAGGACGGGGAAGACGACGUAGUGUGCGGUCGCCUCUGUAGUAGUCUGUUGCGUGCCUUUACCGGCGGAUACAUCACCCCUCUCAGCGAUAAUGCCAUGCCUCGCGCGAGUCGACCCGGCGGUCUGCUAUGAUUGAGCAGCAAUAUAGAAUGCACAUUAAACCUAGGCCCCAAUCACUCCUCAGCCUCGAGUUGGGCAACCUUCUGUUUCGCCAGGACCUUCAUCCGGCGAAGGUAGCUGCAUCGUAUCAGCCUUCAGUCUGUGUCAGUAGACUGGCAGGACGUGUUACUCACUCCUCAUACUGGCACCUGGACGACGGUCAACAGCUCGUCG